AUGACCGGGACAGAUCCUGAUCUCGGUCAUCAAGGGGAAUCAGCCCUCUCGAUGGCCGGGACAGAUCCCGGUCAUCAAGAGGAAACAACCCUCUCGAUGACCGGGACAGAACCCGGUCAUCGUGAGGAAACAACCCUCUCGAUGACCGGGAUAGAACCCGCUCAUCGAGAGGGUUGUUUCCUCUCGAUGACUGGGACAGACCCCGGUCAUCAAGAGGAAACAAGCCUCUCGAUGAGCGGGGUCUGA